CAGCGCAACCCCGAGGAUAUUGCCCGUGCCCGGGGUAAGAAGAUGGUCGAUGUACGGGGAGUGUACUACUCUGGAAAGGGUGUUCAAAGCCGUCGUGAGCGGCGAACAGCUUGAGAUUUGGGUUUGAAAGAUGUAUCUCUCUGAACACAACACUGCAUACAGACAGCAGACAUGUUCAUUUGCGUCAUGGGCGGUGUAUAUAAUGUUUUCUUUUCUUUCUUUUCUAUUCUGUUCAAUCUUGUAUUACAGUCUAAACAUGUAUUUGUAUCCAGCAUCAAGCAAUACUCAAUCAAACCAUCAACAAAUCAACACUUAAAUAAGUCUAGAACAUACAAAACGGGGUAUAUCAUAUAUCAAUCACAUCUAUCAAACACCACAUCCAUAACCCAACCCAGUUAACCCAUACCAUGCAAUCCACCAUCACCAUCGCCAU